GGGAGGAAAUAAAACAAAACCCUAGGGAUUUAACCAUUUAGUUCUUCUUCUCUAUAUCCAAAAUUCAACCUUUCAAAACCAAUACAUUAAUAAAAAGAAAACAGAACACGAUAGAAGCUCAAUUGUUGCAGAGAAACUGAGAAACAAUGGAAGGUAGACUGGCGAAUUCGUGGCGGUUGACAGUGAACGACAAGAAUUUCAUCAAAACUGCUUUGCUUUCAGAAAUUCGAAUCGAUGGUCGAAAGCCCUAUGAAUACCGUAAGAUUGCAAUCAAGUUUGGCAGAGAGGAUGGGUCAUCAGAGGUGCAGCUAGGCCAGACCCAUGUUAUGGGCAUUGUUACUGCUCAACUGGUUCAGCCUUAUAGAGACCGACCUAAGGAAGGGAUACUUUCAAUCUAUACGGAAUUUUCUCCUAUGGCUGAUCCUUCAUUCGAGCCUGGCCGUCCAGGAGAAUUGGCUGUGGAGUUGGGACGCAUAAUUGAUCGUGGUCUAAGGGAAAGCAGGUCUGUGGAUACUGAAUCACUGUGUGUUCUAGCUGGCAAGUUUGUGUGGGCUAUUCGGAUUGAUCUCCACAUUCUAGAUAAUGGAGGAAACCUUGUUGAUGCUGCUAAUAUUGCUGCUUUGGCUGCUCUACUGACAUUCCGGAGGCCUGAAUGCUCAUUAGGAGGAGAAGAUGGUCAGGAAGUAAUAGUGCAUCCACCUGAGAUAAGGGAGCCUCUUCCUUUGACAGUGCAUCAUCUUCCAAUUGCAAUAACCUUUGGAUUUUUUAGUAAUGAGAGCAUCCUGGUAAUAGAUCCAACCCACAAUGAGGAAGCUGUUAUGAGUGGAAGAAUGACUACAACAGUUAAUGCAAAUGGUGAUAUUUGUGCAAUUCAAAAAGCUGGUGGAGAAGGUGUCCCUCAAAGAGUUAUAAUGCAAUGCUUGCAGCUUGCUACAGCAAAGGCUGUGGGUAUAACAAAGCAAAUAAAAGAAGCAGUUGAAGUGUACAACACAGAAAGAGCAUUACGAAAGAUCAAGCGCCACCCUACUUCUACUAGUGUUAAUGUUAGAGAGAAACAAAACCAGUCUAUUGGUAAGUAAGAGUUUAAAUGCGGAAUCAGGGGAAAGAUGUAGAUGCAGCCUUUGAAGAUCCUUAUUCAUUACUUCUUUCUUGUGUAAUUUCAAAUUUUGAAAUUUAGAAUUUUCUGUAUUUUAUUGUUCAGUGCAGAAUCAUAAUUUCUGAAAAUUCUGCACCCAAAAGUUUCAUUAUUCUAGGAAUUUAGGUUUUCUCAAUUUGGGGUCCAAGUUGGUUGCAUGGUUUGUAGUUAGUUUUUGUUAUGGACCCUGGUUAUAGUUAGUUGGUUUCCAAGUAUCUUAGAAUACUUUUAAUUUAUUAAAUUAGUUUUUCUCUGUUCUGCUAAAUUGAAGCAUAGAUGUAUUUUUGUGCUUUUCUCUCAGCUUUGCCUCCACUCUCAUAAAGCAAGUACAGUUGCUGAGAAAUCUUGAACAGAUGCUUGACCGUCAAGUUGCUCAGAAUCAAAGUUCAUUUGGUUCAAACCCUCUAUACCUCCAAGGCCCCCAACUCUACCUCUUUAACUUUUGAGAAUAUAACAGCAGUUAUUAAGUGGAAUUAAAGUGUAAGGGGAAAAAAGCCUAUAUAUAUUUCGAUUGAAGAAAUGGAAAACAAAAGGUUCUUUC